AUGCUGAUGUUCAUUUACCUCGCAUAUUCAAUGAUGGCUCUGCUCUACGAAACUGUUCCGGCUUUCGAGGACACCUGGAUCGAAUGCCUUGGUGACCUGGGGCGUUACAGGAUGGCCAUCGAGGAUGACGAUAUCCGGGAUCGGGAAAAUUGGACCGCCGUGAGUCGUCACUGGUAUUCCAAGGCUUCUGACAAGGCUCCAACCACCGGGCGGCUCUAUUACUACACUAAGUCCCUUUGUGUCGCGAUUCCCUUCGGCUCUGCUCGCGAGAGUAUCAUGACCCUGUUCGACCCAAUCAUGGCCCCGACUCCCAAUCAGCAGCAAUCGAGGCUCUCGGUUGCCGAGUUCGCAUUUGUCAAGGUCCAUGCCAUCAUGUUCAGCGGCAAGCAGAUGGAGAAGCUGCAUUCAACCAUGGAUGACUUUCUUCAGUCUCUGGACAGCCAAAUCACCCGCUCCAGCCGCAAGUGGCUCGAGGCUGGCUACCACAUGGGCAUUUCGAAUUGCUGCGCUGUGAUUGGCUACGGAAACGAAGCCAACCCAAUCUCGAAGUCAUUGAAGCAAAGCCGUGGUGCCGAUGAAGAACCCCAAGAUCAGUUGAUGGCAAACAACGAUCUUGGUUCUCCUGUCCCUGAAGACAAUGCGCUCAAGCUCUUUUCUCAAACCUACGAUAUCGUCGCGCGCAGGGAUGGCGACCCUAACAUUCUUCCAUUUCUUCAUGUGUCUCUGGUUUUCAUUUACCACCUUACGUUCUUGCCCGAGGCCAUUCAUUUUGUGGCACCUUCAUUUCCUUGGAAGCGGACUGCGUUGAUGAUGAAUACGUUGCUUGGGUCUUGCAAGAACUAUAGUCGCAUUGAGGAAACCGUUCUUCCCAGGUCUGAGUCUCGAAGACCUUUGCCAGAGGACUAUGCCAUGCGGGGCCUUGCUUGGGCGGACAGAGUUUCUCCCAGUGAUUGCUUCUCGAACGAGAAGAUCGACGAUGACGAAAAGUAUUUUGAAGUUGCUUCCAUGGCCGAGGAGCGCAAGGAGCGUGUGCUGUGGUUGGGACACAAGAUCGCAACCUCCAAUCCUAGAUGGCUGCGGUAUAAUUCGUCAACCCAUGAGUUCACUGUUUCCCCUGAGAAUGAGACAGAGGCAAAAAGGACACCAAUGAGCCCAGUGGAGAGUGUUGAGAUGGGAGAGCUUCCUGAUGCUGCUGCCAUCACCUCUUGA